CAGCAGCAGCAGCAGCAGCGGGGAGCGCAGGUCUCCUCAGCGCCGCGCCAGGCCGGGCGGAGUCGGAAGCCGGCCAAGGUUGAGCCCGCGGUUGAGGGGAGGCGGCGGCGGCGGCGGCUCCUCCAUGGCGCUGAACCUGAGCAAAAACGGACCGGCGCUGCAGGAGGCCUAUGGCCGGGUCGUGGCCUCGACGAGCCCCACUGACUGGGCUCUAUUUACCUAUGAAGGUAACAGCAAUGACCUCAGAGUGGCUGGCACUGGAGAUGGUGGUCUGGAGGAGAUGGUGGAAGAACUCAACAGCGGGAAAGUGAUGUAUUCUUUCUGCAGGGUGAAAGACCCCAACUCCGGCUUGCCCAAAUAUGUGCUUGUCAAUUGGACUGGUGAAGGUGUUAACGAUGUGAGAAAGGGAGCCUGUGCCAACCAUGUCAGCACUGUAGCGAACUUCUUAAAGGGUGCUCAUGUGACAAUAAAUGCUCGGGCUGAGGAGGAUGUGGAGCCCGAUGUUAUCAUGGAGAAAGUGGCCAAGGCUUCGGGAGCAAACUACAACUUUCACAAAGAAGGCAGCAGGUUUCAGGAUGCAGGUCCUCAAGCUCCAGUGGGAUCUGUCUACCAGAAAACAAAUGCCUUGUCUGAGAUCAAGAGAGUCAGUAAAGAUAACUUCUGGGCCAAAGCGGAGAAAGACGAGGAGAAUCGCCGGCUAGAGGAGAAAAGAAAAGCUGAAGAAGAGCGUCAGCGUCUGGAAAAAGAACGGCGAGAACGCGAAUUGCAAGAAGCAACUUUACGUGAGCGUAGAUUUAAGGAGCGAGCCAAUGAAAUUGAUGCUCAGAAGAAAUUCCAGCAACAACAGGAAAUGGAAUCAAGGGAUAAAGAGAAACAGCAAUGGAAGGAGCAGGAAGAAGACCACAACAGGUCGCAGAGAAGUUUCCGAAGGAGUGAGUCUGUGGAGAAGGCUCAGGAAGCAGCAUCACUGAUAGCCCAAAGAUCAACGAAUCCCCGGGAAAUCUUCAAGCAAAAGGAGCGGUCCAUGUCCACCGAAGCAGCAGCCGUCAAUUCUCAAACAGGCAAGUUACGGAGCCCUUUUCUGCAGCAGAACAGCCAAUCAGAAACUCCUGUGUCUCCCAUCCGUCCUCCUGUGCAAGAUGUCCACCCUCCUGUUGUUCAUUCAUCUGUACAUGACACACCUCCAGUCUCCCCUGUUCCUGAAUGUGGUGAUUUGAUCAGGCAGGAUAAUUACAAGUCGGCUCCACCCGUCUUCCAACCAGAGGAAGAACAAGACGCUGUGUAUGAAGAACCCCCUAGCGAACGAGUUAUCUAUGAUGAACCCCCGCAGGAACAGACUGAAGACACUAAUUAUGACUAUGCUGAUAACUACCAGCAGAACCUAAACCUGGAAGGAAAAGGUUUAUGUGCUCGAGCGCUGUAUGACUAUCAAGCUGCUGAUGACACAGAGAUCUCUUUUGAUCCCGAGAACAUUAUCACCAGCAUUGAGAUGAUCGACGAGGGCUGGUGGCGUGGUUAUGGUCCAGACGGACACUUCGGGAUGUUUCCUGCCAAUUACGUGGAGCUGAUUGAAUAGGCAGCCGGCCUGUGCCAGAGGAAGGAUGCAAGCAAUACCUAAAAAGAAGAGCUCUGUGCAAUCUGAUUCUUCAAGUUGAAAUUGUACGGCUUACCAGAGUGAAGUGCCAUUUCUGCGCUCCCUUGUCUCUGGAGCAGCAUCCACAACUCCCUGAUGAAGCAGGACUCUUCCUUCGCCUUCUUUUUGUUUUCUGUAACUGGCAUUUACAGUUGGAGAUAGGAAACCAACCUUGGCAGUGAAUAAUACUUCCGUUUUUUGAGGGAGUGGGGAAUCUUUUGGGGAUAGAGGCAUUAGCCGAAAAAAAUCUCUCCAGACAUACUCUCUGACCUUCACUAUGGAGUAUUUAUAAGACGAGGAAGGGCUUAAUAACAGAAACAGUGGAGCUUAUAAAGUACAAGCCUCCUUCUUAUUCCAUCUUCCAAUAUAGCGCAGGGGGACAUCUUGAAAAAUACCUACGUGACUUAGGAGCCUGUUUGUAAUUUAUCACCGAGAUUCAGGUUGCAUUCUGCAGUCUAAUUAUUCCAGAUCACUUCCUUGGAGGGAAGCUGGUUGCAAUUUGUAGCUUUUAGAGAAAUGCAACUCAGAGCAAGCCUUAUAUGGAAAUAAAUGAAUUAUACGACAGUUCUGCAGUACUCUUGUGCAGUUCCCUUCCAUUUGAACAGAAUAGUCAGGCAGUGGGAGAAGAUUACACCUUUAGACUUCUCAACGGUUUGUGUGAGGACCAAGUUUGCCUGGCUUUUAAAUUUUAAUGUAUUUGUCGUUCUCUCCUUUUGAUUUCAAGCAGGAACCUCACUGUACAGUUUCUUCAGAUAUGACAUUAGGUAUAAAUACCAUCAGUGCAGGCAAUAAACUAAUGCCCUGGAAGCUGUAUUAGCUUUGAACUGUGGUGUACAUUGAUCUAACUGUAAUGCUGUAUAUGUUGAAUGCAUGUGUGGGGUGUGCUGAGUGAUUUGAUCAGUAUAGGAGGACCUUGAUUUCUGCAUUAUCUUUCCUGGAUUUUAAAAGCCUUUUAUAUUGUUGAGAUAUAAUUUGGAUACCCGCACACUCCAGUAAUGAAGUAAAACAGAAUAUAAGCAACCUCUGGCCGCUGAACACAGUAAUUAUGCCAGUUCGUGUGAACAGUUUGCAUCAUUCUGUCUGACAUCCAUUAAUCGUAUUAAUCUGGUAAAAGUCAUUUGUGGUGCAUGUGUGGAUUCAAAUACUAUAUUUUAAAUAGGUUCUGUCAGACUCUCCAACUAGCACCUGUCCUUCAUAGUAAACUGAACACAUGUAGUUUACAAUUUUAAUUCAGCUAAUUUUUUUACAUUCCAUUUUUGUCUCUUGUGAAGGCAGCUUGGAUGAGAUUCUCAAGAAAUUUUUAAAAAACAUUUCCUAUGUGGAUAUUUGGCAUGGGGAAUUGAUUUUUUUUAAUAAAGGAGAAUCUUGCAGAUUGUUUGAGAGGGCCAAAUGAAUGGUCCUGCCAGGCUGAAUUACAUUAUCCCUUGCCUUAUGCAUAAUGUGAUGAUUGUUAUGGAAAUAAAGAGUUCCUAACAUAGCUGUUUGAUAAUCUCAUCCAACUAGUUUUCCUUUAAUGGCACAUAAGAAAACGAUGUUUUUAUAAGAUUGUGAUCUGUUUUCAGAAGUUGACUGUUUCAUUCCUCCUUUCUUUCCCAAUCGGGGAAGCUAAACCUGAAGUAUUCAUUCACUUUCUAAAUCUGGUUGCUGUGCUGUCCUUUCUACUCCCACCCCACUGAUCUCCAGAUGUGCUGUGAACCUUUGAAAAGCACUCUCCAUGCUAACCCACUACAUAAUUAAAAAUCAAUAUGGGACCUCCCUCCCUCAUGAAUGGAUUUCAUCCUGUGUAGUGUUUUGUGUUUCAAUUCCAUAUUCCCCUUCAGGAACAAUAAAAAGAGUUUUUGCUCAGAGAUAGCUGUGGUAAGCCAGCAGCCGCUUCCUAGGGAUUGUUGAGUGUUCCUUUUUAUUAGCCUUGUCAAUGAUCAAGCAGAAUCACUGUUGUUUACCCCAUCCCGCUUUUGUUCAAAUUUCCUUUUUGUCAGUCUUCUUCAAUGCACAGAAGUUUGGAGUGGAAAAAAAGCUUGUAUCAGGAUGAUCGGAAUAAUUAAAAUAAUAAAGUGAUUAUUAAAGUGA